AUGGUUUCUUCGGACCGAGACGAAAGCAAGGAAAACGAUCAACUAUCAAAGUUGGAACGAAAAUUCAAACAGAGAAUCUCCAGAUUAGAGGAAAUAGUUGCCAAACAAGAAAUCGAACUUCAUCGGUUACGGAAAACCUGCCAUGAGCUCAGUGAAACUGCAGAAGCCUUUGCAACUGUUGUCAAAUUGCUAAAGGAAUCUGGCAUUAAAGACAAAUCUGGCGCCAAAAAGGGAGACCAGAAUGUUACACCAGAGAAAAAAAAAUUACUGAGCCCAAUAACCGGCACCUUCGUUGAAUCGUACGAUGAAUCGGUAAUUUUUGGAAGUGCUCCUUCAUCUGUCAUCGAUGCUGCCGAUGCAGCUGGUUCUGCUAUAUUGGCGGGGAUGUUGGCUGGGAAAAAGAGAAUGCUAGUAGAUGUACGCGAUGCGGAAUUGAGCACUGAUCUUGAGACUCUGGUACAAUUUAUCGAACUUGCGAUUCUUCCAGUUGCAGCUGGUUUGGAAGGCUUGGAAAGCCAGAGAAAUAGGGUCAAGAUUGUAUUUCCAAAAGUCUCUCAGCUUUUGGAGUAUCGAAAGACGAUGGCACUGGCAGCUCCUGAGGUUGUUGCAUUGAGCACCCUUGGUUUUGAUCCUGUCGAAGACUCGGAUCAACUGGUUGUGAUCGUGGCUCCAGCACCAGAUGACGAUGAAGGUAUAAAAGCGAUGCAAGAGCUUUUGGCACAGAAAGAAAAAGAUGGAAAAGAAACCAUACAGCAAACAGUGGUGAUUCUCAACUAUCACAUGUUCCCUGUUCCCUCUCUACCUGUAAAGUUUUUAACAGCCUACCAUCUUCGGUUACUGCGGGUGCAGUUCAUGUCUCGGGGGCUUGCUGAUGAGCUCCAACAGAAUCGUCAGAAUGGCCCGGAACAGAAGGAAGAUCUGGAAGAGGUUUCCAAUGACAAAUCACCAGACGAUGUAGAAGCCUCAAAGAAAGAAGACGAAGAACUAGAAGCUGCCAUGCAACACGCCCACGAAGUUGGGAUGAAUCAAGGUAUCACUAGGGCAAUGGUAAUACGAGCGUACCCAAGGCCGUGGCACUUGUUUGUUGACACAUCGCCGGGCACAGAUGCUGAUUUUGAAGUGGCAGGGACUUUUGUGGAAGAGCCAACGAUGGAAGAAAUCAACUUUUCAAUCGUUGAGUGCUUGGAGGGAAGUGAACGAGAGGAUGAAAUCGUAGCAAAGCAAAUGCAAGAAGCACUAGAUGAAGGUCAGUUGGAUGCUGUUGAGGGGAUGAUUGAUGAUUUGGAAAAAGUCGAGGAGGAUGACAAUGAUGAAAUGGAAACUGACUGA